GUUCAUUUUUUAUCGCACGUAAUUCGUGGGAUUAUUACGAGAGCAACGAUGUUUAGUGAAGAUUGUGUUAAAUUCAGUUUUGUCAAAGAUUUUUGGGAAAGUGUGUGCCGGUAAUGCAUAGGUGUUGACGGGGUCCCCACAAGAUGCUAUCAAAAGUUUUAACUGUGAUUUAGAAAAUUCGUCAUGUCUACAAUGAAGAAUCCUACUUCGUCGUCUUCUAAGGCAUUGUUUAGCCACAUCAAGUACGAGCACCUGGUAGCUGGCAUAUCAGGUGGCGUGACUUCCACACUCAUAUUGCACCCUUUGGAUUUAAUUAAAAUUAGAUUUGCUGUUAAUGACGGCAGGACCGCAACAGUUCCUAGGUACGAUGGGCUCGGAAGCGCAUUUGUCACUAUUGUAAAAAAGGAGGGAGUGAAAGGACUGUACAGAGGCGUCACACCUAACGUAUGGGGAUCAGGCUCUGCAUGGGGCUUCUACUUUUUAUUUUAUAACGCAAUAAAAACAUGGAUCCAAGGUGGAAAUGCGCGUACGCCGCUUGGCCCCGGCCUGCACAUGCUGGCUGCGGCAGAAGCUGGAGUGCUGUCACUUGUGAUGACCAACCCCAUAUGGGUGGUGAAGACACGUCUCUGUCUCCAGUACAGCGAGGAACAUCUGGCUGAGCACAAACGGUAUAAGGGCAUGAUCGACGGCCUCAUGAAGAUCUACAGGACCGAAGGGAUCCGGGGACUAUACAGGGGCUUCGUUCCCGGUAUGUUUGGCGUCUCUCACGGUGCGCUGCAGUUCAUGACGUACGAAGAGAUGAAGAAUAGGUACAACCAGUACAGGAAUCUGCCGAUUGACAUCAAAUUGACAUCGGUAGAGUACCUAACUUUCGCUGCGAUCUCGAAGCUGAUAGCGGCGGGUGCGACAUACCCGUACCAAGUGGUGCGCGCGCGCUUGCAGGACCAGCACCGCAGCUACGACGGCGCCUGGCACUGCAUCAACGAGACAUGGAGACAUGAAGGCUGGCGUGGUUUCUACAAGGGGCUCAAGCCGAGUAUAGUUCGUGUAUUACCAGCAACCAUGAUUACCUUCCUAACUUACGAGAAUGUAUCGCAUUAUAUGCUAAACAGGUCCCGUGAAGUAACAUUACCAACAUAAUUUUACUCGCAUGAAAAUUGUUGAAGGAAUAUCCUUCGCAAGUAUAGGUCACCGCCAACUUGAGUGGUGAUUGUCAGAGAUAUGGACAGAAUAAUGGAAAUUGACUCCUAUUACGAAGUAGAUAGGCAUCAUUUGGCUAGUAAAUUCGCCAUCUUUUUUACCAUUUGACAGUGACAGAAGUGACGUUAAAGUACAGUCGGUAACAAAAGUGUUUAAGUAGGAAAAGACUCCAAAUGCUUAAAAUCUAACUGUACUAAGGUUUGAGAGUCUUUUAAAUACAUAAUAUCUUACACCUGUCUUUGUCAUAUUUGGUAAUGAUAAACAAAACCAGACCUUAUUGUGUAGGUGAUAUUGUUAGUUACGCAUAAAUGACGUCUUUUUACUUCUCUUUCUAAAACCGUUUUACGAUAUUUUGCAUUUGUCCUUUAGUUGUAUAGUACAAAUGUUUUAGUUUUAAUUAUUUUUUAAUGGAAUUGACGAUAGUUGUUAUCAAGGAAUGGGCAAUUAUGAUGAAAUGUUUUAUACAUUUGGGUAUAAAAUGAAUUACGCUGGAUUAUAAUGAAAAUGUUCAAAUUGGUUAACAAUAUUAAAGGUUAAUUAAAAUGGUG